AACCCGUUACGCCGAAAUCAAAUUUUAGCGGGGGCACACUUUCACUUAUACAUUUUUUCUCACCACCCGCUCUCCUCUCACUCACCCCACUGCUCAUAUUAAUCUCACUCACCACUCACUCUCACCAUCCAUACCUCCUAAAUUCUACCCCCCUUUCAUCCCCAAUAUUUCACUCCCGCAAACAUGACAAGAACCCUCCCAAACAUAAUCCUAACCGGCACCCCAGGCACAGGCAAAACAACCCACGCCUCCCUCCUAGCCGAGCGCACCCCCCUCCGGCACCUCUCCAUCAACGACGUCGUAAAAGACAAGGGCUGCCACGAGGGCUUCGACGAAGAAUACCAGUCCUGGAUCGUAGACGAGGACAAGCUCCUCGACGCGAUCGAGGAGCAGGUCAAGGAAGGGGGGUGGAUCAUCGACUGGCAUGCCUGCGACCUCUUCCCCAAGAGCUGGGUUGACUUGGUGGUUGUGUUGCGCGCCGGGACGGAGGUGUUGUUUGAUCGGCUGAGUAAACGAAACUACCCCGACCACAAACUCCAAGAAAACCUCGACAGCGAAAUCAUGGACGUCCUCCUCCAAGAAGCCCGCGACAGCUACGACGAGGAGAUCGUCGUCGAGCUCCAGUCCGGCGACGCCGACGAGCUAGAGGCAAAUGUCGAGAGGAUUGAGGCUUGGCUGGAGCAGUGGAAGAAGGAUAAUAACCAAAACUAACUUGUCUUUUCCUUAUCAAAAUUGGAGUUGGGAUGGCAUGGGGAAAUUUGAUGGGUCACAUUUUUCACAUGACGAUUGGUUUUCAGUACCUUAGCUAAGGAAAGUAAAAUUUUCAAAACCAUGAGACACACAUUCUCCCUGA